UUAUAGUUAAAGAUAUAAAGUUAAAGAUAUAAAGUUAAAGAUAUAUUCGUGCACUAUUUAACAUGGCAUGCCGAAGAGGAGCUCUCAGUCAUCGACAAGGCAGUGAAAACGAGACAAUGUAACAAAGUAGUCCAAAUACUGCAGGAGAGCGAUUAUCAUCUCACAAGAUUUUACAUACAUUUUUCAAACUUCCUAAUUUGUGACCUACUGACCUCAAACUACUUUCAGAAUGUCCACGGACUGGCGGAGACGGGCGCCUCGAGGCGGCCAGUGCGGUAACGCGACCGAUCCCGGAGAAGCUGGCAGGAGCCCCGGGGAGAGUUCUCUUUUCUUUGUGAAGGGCAUGGCAACCUGGAAUGGGUUCGCUACGAGAGGGGGCCCAAGCCCUGUAAAGCGUUGCAGUUCCGGCGGUGUCCGGCCCUGGCCAAACACAAGCCUGUGCUGUUCUUCCUCACCCACGGAGAAUCCUCCACAGGAGUAGUUCAUCCACUCGAUGGCAUUGGAGACAUAUGUCACAAGCACAACUGUCUGUUUCUCGUUGACUGUGUGGCUUCAAUGGGAGGUGCCCCACUUUACAUGGACAAACAAGGUAUCGACAUCCUGUACUCUGGCUCACAGAAGGUCCUGAAUGCCCCACCUGGGACUGCUCCCAUUUCCUUCAGUGAAAGAGCAUGCCAGAAAGUAUUCAAUCGGAAAACAAAGCCAGUGUCGUUCUUCCUGGACAUGACCUGGCUGGCAAACUAUUGGGGUUGUGACGGCAAACCUGCCAGAAUAUACCACCACACUGCGCCUGUGUCUGCCUUCUACUCUCUCCGGGAGAGUCUGGCUAUCCUCGCUGAACAGGGUCUGGAGAACUCCUGGCAAAGACAUCGGGAAGUAGCAGAAUACUUCCAUGAAGGCCUAGAGAACAUGGGCCUCAAACUGUUUGUGAAAAACAAGAACGCCAGGUUGCCCACGGUAACCACUAUAGUAGCUCCCCCUGGAUAUGACUGGAAGGAGAUCACCAGCUACAUCAUGAAGAAUCACAACCUAGAAAUCUCUGGAGGACUGGGACCAUCCGUUGGCCAGGUGCUGCGUGUGGGACUGAUGGGGGGUAACAGCAGCAAAGCCAGUGUUGACAUGGUGCUGGAGGCCCUGAGAGAUGCUCUCAGAUACUGUCAUAAAAGCAAAGUAUAACAUGGCUCAAACGCUUCCAUAAUAGCAAGGUCAUAGUCUGGAUCAACAUUGUAAACAUUGUCUCUGGCAAAGUCAAACAUGGCUAAAACACUGCCAUAAGAACAAAUUAUAACAUGGCUAUCUGAAAGUCAGUUUAAGUCAGCUUUGAUAUCAGGGAAGAACAAUUAAUGGAUAUAUGUUGAAUAAAAAAAAAUUGAAAUAAAUAAAAAAACAGUAUGAUUUUUUUUUUUUUUUACCUCUGAUUCAAGUGUUGUGUAAACGUCUAAUCAAAUACAUGUUAUGUGAUUGUGUGUUUUCCUUUCAUUUGAUUAAAAACAAAGCAAUGUUCUCACUGCUUUCAAUGUUUGAAUA